AUGCAAUCUAUUAAGAAAGAGGAGGAUUCUUACAAUCGAUUUGUGAGUAAUUCCGCACUUAUGAUAUUCAGAUCCUUGACAGUUUUACUGCAGAUUAACGGCAUACGACCCUUCGCUCCCCAGUUAUCAUUUGUGAACAGUUCCAAACAUGCAGACACCAAUAACUGCUCAUCAUUCACAUUCAACGUCAAGCCGGAUGUAUAUGUAUACAGCGACGGAACAUCACACGGCUGCAAUAUUUCCAAAUUCGAAGUCAACAUCGAAUUCAAAUGGAAUAAUAUCCACGACGCAUUCUGUAAAAAUCCUGGAGUCAAUCAGUCAGUUGUGUCACAAACCGAUAAGGGCUUCGAUACGUUGGGCCAAAUAACCAGCUAUGCUGUCGCUCAGCUUGGCACUCAAUAUCGUACCCAUGCAUUCUCUGUCCUCAUUAUCCACAAUCGUGCUCGCAUCAUCAGAUGGGAUAGGGAGGGAGCUAUUGUCACCAACACCUUCAACUACUACCAUGAGUCACACCUGGCCUAUUUCUUCUAUCGUUUUGCACGAGCAUCGCCUGCCCUGCAUGGCAUUGACACUUCUGUAACCCCUGCUAGCAAUGAAGAUGCUGCCCUCACAAGGACGGUGUUAAAGCUCGCUACUACCACAUGCAUGUUGAAAGUUGCAGUCCCUCAGGAUCCUGCCAUUGAGGACUCUGACUGGUUGACGUUGAUCAUCCCCCAACCUGUUGCAAAAUGUUUUCUGCUCAUUGGCCGCUGGACUUGCACAUGUCCUGUGUUUGAUAUUCUCAACAACAGGGUUGUAAUGUUCAAGGAUUCUUGGCGCAUGUCAUUAAAGGAUGUUCUACCGGAAGGUGAGACUCACAAAUUAUUGAAGUCGCACAAUGUUCGUAAUGUCACAUCAUGCAUCGCAUUUAAUGAUGUGAUCCACACUACUCCUGAGCAAAACACCCAGACUGUCAAGUUUGGGAGCGCCAAAUGGGCUUGCCCCAACAAGGCUGUCACUCCCCACAUUCUUCACCGCCUGGUUCUCGAUCUUGUAGGCAAGCAAUUGACUGAUUUUGAGAGUUCUCGUGAACUCGUCCAGUCUGUUCGUGACGCAUUACUUGGUACAUAUUUACUUUGCACAUAUUACCUAAUGUCCAUACUCAUUAUCCACGCAGCCCACCAGGAUGCAUCUAAAAAUGCAAAAAUAUUACAUCAAGAUCUCAGCAUCAGAAAUAUCGUUAUCUACCGAGGGAGGGGCUUUCUCAUCUAUUGGGACUUAGCAAAGUUACUUAUCAUUCAGGGUCCUUGA